UAGCCUUGUGUAGGGUGUGUGAGGGACAUGAAAAAUGCCUUUCUCCCGUCGGAGACAACAGCCCGGUGAUCUCAUGAAUAUAUUCUAGCUGGCGGGCCAUUGUGCAAUAGUCAGGGAGGUAUGCAAUCCAGUUUCAUAGGCAAAAACGGCUGCUUGGAGCAAGGACCAACUACUACACAGCGAUUCUUCUCACUUUUGUGCAUGCUUACAUUCCGAGUAGUGACGACGCCGGCCAAGCAGUGAUACGGAUCUUUUGAGGCCAAUUCGACGAGGCUGCCAGCUACAGUUUUAAAGGGGAAACGAUUCGCCACAUGCAGACAUGGGUGCGAACGUUACAACUUGAAGACAGACAAGACACACUGUUGCGGAUAUAAGGAAAAAUAGCUAACAUAGCCUAAUUGUCACCGACCGAUAUUUCUUGGAACUAUCUACCAGCUGAAUAAUACAUAAUCAAAUAGAGAAUUCCAACCACGGGUAGUUGGAGUCAAAGGGCCCCCAUACUAUACAAUGAGGAUGAGGAAGUGAUUUGCUGUUUGGGGCUGCCUGUCAGGGUCUUGUUGACCCCCCCGUUCCUCCGAUGAACCCCCUCAACUCCAUGAAACCCGGUCUGCCUCCCACUCCGCACAGUGACGGUAACUUCCUGUAUGACUCUGCCUCCUGGCAACAAGGCACCAAUCAGCAGCCAGGCGCCCUCUCUGUGGUAACCACUGUCUGGGGCGUGACCAAUCCCUCGCACAGCCAGGUGUUUGGCGCGCCCAUGGGUCCGGGCGGGAACUCUGGAGGUCACAUGAUGCAGGGCAGUGGUGGCGGUGGGGGGAUGAGUCCCGGUGUGAACCACCAGUACCAGAGCUAUGGUGAUAAGGGCUACGGACAACCAGGUCUCUACGGACGCCCCAACACCGCCUAUAACCAAGCACCACCAUAUGGACAGAGUUACUCUAAUAAUGGUGGUGGUGGAGGGGGAAUGGGCCAACGCCCCCCCUCUGACUUCACCCAGGCUGCUGCCGCUGCUGUUGCCGCCGCUGCUGCCACGGCAACCGCCACUGCCACGGCAACAGUUGCCGCCAUCCAGGAGAAGCAGAACCAGGAAAUGAACUACGGCCAGAUGGGCGGAGGACCCUCCUCCUACAGUACCCAGUUCCUGUCCCACCCGGGCCCCCAGCAGGGUGGGCCCCGCGGCCCCCCGGGGAUGAGCCCCAGUGGGAUGGUCCAGUCCCGGCCUGGACAGCACCCCUCAAUGGGGGGCAUGGGGUACCCCUCGCACCCCUCCCAGGGUCAGGGCCAGAGGAUGUCCCAGCAGCACCCAGGCUACCCAGCAGGUCAACAACAGGGGCUCAAACGCCCCUACCAAUCUGAGGGUUUCCCAGGGCAGCAACAGUAUGGUUCAGGGGGCAUGUCUCCGUACCAUGGUGGCCAGCCCCUCCAGUACCCCCCCGGCCCCCAGCAGCGCCCGCCCCAGUCCCCAUCCUACCACCCCAACCAGCGCAUGCCCCCUAUGGCACAGUACCAGCAAGGACCACCCAACCCGGCACAGUACUACAAGGAGCAGCAGUACAAUGGGCAGCAGGGUAACAUGCCACCAGGAGGCUACAACGCCUUCACACAGGCUGCUGUCAAUGCGCAGGGUGGCCGGGUGAUUCCGGGGUACCCCAGUUCUCCUUUGGGGGGUAACCCAACCCCUCCCAUGACUCCAGGCAGCAUGCCCCCCUACCUGUCACCCGGUGGGCCUGGACCAGACACCAAGCCCCCCUUCCUCCCCCAAGGCCCUGACAUCAAGCCCCCCUUCCUCCCCCAAGGCCCUGACAUCAAGCCCAACAUCAACUCCCUACAGCCCCCCACUGGUAACCCUAGCGACGACCUGCGGCUGACCUUCCCGGUGCGCGACGGCGUGGUGCUGGAGCCGUUCCGAUUGGAGCACAACCUGGCAGUCAGCAACCACGCCUUCCAGCUGCGAGACUCCGUCUACAAAACCCUCAUGAUGAGGCCUGACCUGGAGCUGCAGUUUAAGUGUUAUCACCAUGAGGACCGGCAGAUGAACACUAACUGGCCCGCUUCCGUACAGGUACAAUCACACUUACAGGUUUCUGGUCCUUGCUUACAGGUGAGUGUGAACGCCACACCGCUCACCAUCGAGAGGGGCGACAACAAGACGUCCCACAAGCCCCUCUACCUCAAGCAGGUGUGUCAGCCGGGACGCAACACCAUCCAGAUCACCGUCACUGCCUGCUGCUGCUCCCACCUGUUUGUGUUGCAGCUGGUCCACAGGCCAUCAGUACGCUCGGUUCUGCAAGGUUUAAUGAAGAAGAGAUUACUGCCCGCAGAGCACUGUGUGUCUAAGAUUAAGAGGAACUUCAAUAGUGGGACCAUCCCUGGAACCACAGGGCUGAACGGAGAGGAUGGUGUGGAGCAGACGGCCAUCAAAGUCUCUCUGAAAUGUCCCAUCACCUUCAGACGCAUCCAGCUUCCCGCACGGGGACACGACUGUAGACACAUCCAGUGUUUUGACCUGGAGUCGUACCUGCAGUUGAACUGUGAGAGAGGCACCUGGAGAUGCCCUGUGUGCAAUAAGAGCGCUCUACUGGAGGGACUAGAAGUGGACCAGUACAUGCUGGGGAUUCUAAUUUACAUACAGAACUCGGACUAUGAGGAGAUCACCAUUGAUCCAGUGUGUGGCUGGAGGCCGGUGCCCAUUAAACCAGACAUCCACAUAAAGGAGGAAGCAGACGGGCCUGUGUUGAAGCGCUGCCGGACGGUCAGCCCCAGUAACAUGAUGAUGCCCAAUGUCAUGGAGAUGAUAGCUGCCCUGGGACCGGCCUCCUCGCCCUACCAGGGUCUACCACCUGGGGGCAGGAACACACCUGACUACAACAGCCAAGCGGGUCAAGGAUACUCCAGCCAGUCAGGCUUCUCUGAGUUCCCCAACACCCCUGGAACUCCCACCCUGAGAGACUUCACCUCCCCUGGACCACCUAACAUCUACCAGCAGGACCAGAUGUCCCACUCUGGCCGUAUGGACCCUUCCCAUAAUGCCCUGCAGCAACAACAGCAGCACCAGCAGGGUCUUCACGGUAACCAGAGUAUCGGAGGCGGCGUUGGCGGACAGAUGCAGCAGCGGAACUCCAAUACCCAGAAUGCCCGGCUGCAGACGGAGGGUUCGUUCGGCCUGGGGGGAGCGGGUGGAGGAGAGGGAGCGGAUCACACCCUGGACCUUCUCCCUGAGCUGACCAAUCCAGACGAGCUGUUGUCCUACCUGGGUCCUCCAGAUCUACCUAGCAACAGCAAUGAUGACCUGCUCUCUCUGUUCGAGAACAACUGAAGACUCUCUUCCUUCCUCGUUUAGGGACAGCUUCAUCCUAUUGAGAGGGGGGAGGGGACGGGACUGAGAGGGAUUCAUGUUUUUAUACCCCAUGCCUGCCCAUCCCUACCCUCUGUGGACCAGACCAACAGGAAGGUGCAGAGGGUAGUGAGAGACAGACAUGACUUUCUCUGUCUGGAAACUCUGUCAAGACUGUAGUGUUUUUAGACUCAUUAUAAAGCAUCCCUUUGCACUCUGGAUCCAUCAAAAAAAAAAAAAAAAAUCCAGUGAAAAAUGGGACUGCCUGCACUGGCCAGCCGCUAUACCUGUAAUGUUCUUAAAAAAUCACAAGCCGAAGGAUUUUCAACUUUUUAAAGGACCUUUUUAGAAACCAGAAAAAUUAAGUGUUAUGUUGACUUUCCAUUGUGUAUUUAUGAUUGUGGAACUUGUCAAUAAACGAGAAACAGACAGUGGAUCUCUGACAUGACAUUACAUUAUUUAGUGUCAUAAAUAAAACUAAGAGUUGUUGUUGUUCAUUCUAAAUGGGAGUUAUGAAUGCUGAAAUGAAGAUAUGUAGUGUUUACACCAGGGCCCGGUUUCCCAAAAGCAUCUAAGGCUAAAUUAGUUUUUAGAACCUUCGUAGGGGGGAAUGUUAAAUUUAGUGAGCUGUUUCCCAAAACAUUCGUUAUUAACGUUGCACUUAAACGCUCAUAGGCCUGAUUUUAACGCCCGCCCCUGACCGCUAGUAGAACAGCUAAGUGCUUCGUUAGAAUCUUUUUACCCUCCCGCGUCACUUUAUUACACCGAUCUCGCUAAUCAUAGAAUCACAUGGUUUAUCCAUCUCUGUGACCGCCGAAAACUUCAGAACAAAGUUGAAUACAAAUACACAGUUGCCAAUGUCUUUGCAUUUGAUACAAACAAGCAACGUAUAAAAAUGUUUCAAAUAAAGCCGAGAUGACUAUUCAAAUAAAAAGUAGGCUAUAGGCCUAUUAUAAUCAUACUGAAAUAUAUUUAAUGUUCAAUCGAGUUCUAUUUUGCUACUUUUAGGCUAGGCUACUGUCUGUAAUUAGUCAAUAUAGUUAAUGUGUAGCCUAACGUGCUUAAUGAUGUGCCAAAUAGAAUAAGCUGCAUCAAUAUUUGCAGCAGUAGGCGGUAAUAUUUCUCUAUGAGCUUAUCCGUCGUAAGUAUUGUGAAAUAAUUCUAAUGUUAAGGUAAGAUUUGGAUGGAGAAAGCUGAUCCGAGAGCAGCGCUCCCGUUCUUUCGAACCUAUCAGUAUCGACACAUGCUCCAAUGAUUCAUUUAGCGACCGUUCGCUCUACGUUGUGUUUUGGGAAACGCGUUACCUAUUCGGUGUUGUAGGAAAUGUGCAUAAUUUAACGCCUAGAACAGACCAACAUUGCUUGAUACAUUCUGCAGUCCAACUUUUUCAUUAUGUAAUCCAAAGUUGUUACUUGAUAUAUGAGCAACAAAAGUUCAACAUUCACCUUUUGCUACUGUUAAGUCUACGCAUACAAUUUGAUGCACAUGUUGGAUAAAUCCAAUGUAUGCACAACACAGAACAAACGCGCUGCAGCUGCAGCAUUCCAUUGUAAAUUAAUGUACUUGGUGUACCAAAAUGCAAUGAAGCAGUUGGUCUGCUCCAGGCAUAAAACCAUUAAGCCAAUUUCCAUCAGGAAACUGGGCCCUGGGCAAUGCCUACAGUACACACCUUAAUGUAUCUAUACAGAUGAGGUCAUACAAAGCCAGCACACAAAAGGAGAUGGGAGGGAUUUUGUAGAGAGAAAGAGCAAGAGAGACAGAGAGGUGUCUCAUAUCAGGCCAGUUGGUAAAUAAGGAAACUACUAGAUGUUUGAAUUGUUUGUUUUUCCCUGGGUGGGACACGUGGAGAGGGAGUCAGAAGCCAGACAUGGGGAACUCACCUCCACUCGCACCCUAUCUGUCUCUGGUACUCCUACCUUCUCACUCUGUCUCUCUUUCAUAACUAUACUGCAUAGACAUUUAAACAUGCACAAAUGUACACACACACUUUCAACACGAUGGGAAUGGAUCGAAGCAUCCCCAGUGAACUCCUGUGAAUUGAUGGAGAGAGGACAGGUGGACAAAUUAUGCUCAUAUUUCCCAUAUGUCAAGAAGUGAAUGUGUAUUCUCCCUCCAUUCCUUCCUCCCUCUCUCUUCCUCUCCAGUCCAGUAACACACAUUUAAAACAGUCUAUUUCCAAAGUUUAAACAGCCUUUAUGCUUCCUUUCUCUGGGUCCUUAGCCUGAGUGGACUAUCUGUCUGUUCCCACCCCUCUGAGGUUGUCAUUGGUUUGUAGGCCUAACUGUUUAGAGCACCAGAUGUUGGAUGUGCAAUGUUUAGUUUAAGAACAUCUGUAUCCAAUUCAUUUUUUAAAAUAAUCAUGAUAAUAUUGUUGUUUGUAGAGUAAUUAAAGUGUUGGUGAAGCUGUGCACAUCUGUCCUAUAUGUGUUUAAACUAGCAGAGGUUAUGAGUUAGGACAUGUGUCAAAUUCAUAAUGUCAGAAGACAUAUGGGUGCCUGUAAUUCACACAUUUUACGAUCAUAAUGAGUAAGAUUAUAUGGACGGGGGACCAUAUCCUAGAUCAGCAUUCUUAACCUGAGAUGCUUUGUGAAUGUGGGCCAUGGUUACUAUAUGAGACAUGAACAGCAUAUGCUAUGUAAGAAUUUGUAAUGGUUUAUUAUUCUCUAGAUGAUGAUGCUUAGAGGCUAAUGUCAGUUAAUAAUACAAUUAAUGAAAUGUUGAAUUGUUCUAUUUAAAUGCACACCAGUUUUUCUAAAGAUGAUUUCCAUAUUUUCCAUCCGUUUUCUAAGUAAAAAAUGUCACUUCUGAAUGA